GGGCGGUGCAUGGUGUGGAGACGUGUCACUGGGCGGUGCCGGUGAAGCCUGUUUGGUGACGCAAUCAGUGGGCGGGGCCGUUAGUGUAGUGAUGGCGGAGGAGCAGCGCAGGGUCGGGGGUCACCUGGCGGCGCUGGUUCUGGCGCGGGGCGGUAGUAAGGGGAUCCCGCUGAAGAACAUCAAGAAGCUGGCGGGCAAACCGCUCAUUGCCUGGGUGCUGCGGGCCGCCAUAGACUCCGAGGCCUUCGACAGUGUCUGGGUUUCUACGGACAAUGAUGACAUCGAGAAAGUGGCGAAGGAUUAUGGGGCGCAGGUCCAUCGGAGGAGCACGGCCGUCUCUAAGGACACCACCUCCUCCCUGGAGACCAUCCAAGAGUUCCUGCAGCAUCACCCAGAGGUGGACAUGGUGGGGAACAUCCAGGCCACGUCUCCGUGUCUCCACCCCUCGGACCUCAUCCAGGUGGUGGACAUGAUCCGCACUCAGGGCUAUGACUCCGUGUUUGCCGUCGUUCGCCAUCACCUGUUCCGGUGGCGAGAGGUGAAGACACCGGGUGAGGGCACAGUACCGGAGAACCUGGACCCUGCGCACAGGCCGCGGCGGCAAGACUGGAGCGGGGAGCUGUACGAGAACGGAUCCUUCUACUUCACCACCAGAGAGAUCAUCGAGCGCGGACUCAUACAGGGAGGGAAGAUGGCAUAUUACGAGAUGAAGCAAGAGCACAGCGUAGACAUUGACAUUGAUCUGGACUGGCCCAUCGCAGAGCAAAGAGUUAAAAGGUUCGGUUAUUUCGGUAAAGGAGCGCCCACUGUGGUGAAGCUGCUGGUGUGUAACAUUGAUGGCUGCCUCACCGACGGCCGCGUCUACGUCAACCAGGAGCACGAGUUCAUCUCCUACAGUCUGCGAGAUCUGGACGGCAUCCGGAAACUGCUGGAGCGAGGGGUGACGGUGGUGUUAAUCUCGGAGAGGAACAUCAGCCCUUCCCUCAUCUCUAACCUGAAGCUGCCGUGUGAUGUGGAGGGGAACGUCACCAACAAGAGGGAAGUGCUGCAGAGACGGAUGAGCGGGAUGGGGCUGUCCCUGAACCAGAGCGCCUACAUGGGGUGCGGUGACUCUGAUGUGGAGUGCCUGAAGCUCGCCGGCACUAGCGGAGUCCCAUCAGACGCCUCCACCGCCGCCAAGAUGACGGACAGCUUCACCUGCACACAGGGCGGCGGUUACGGCGCCAUUCAGGAGUUCGCUGAGCACAUUAUAACCCUGAUGGAGAGCGGGAGAUAAGCGCACACUGACCGCCAUCUUGUCUACCCCUUCCCCUCCUCAUGCUGCUAUUACGGUUUACACAUCUCUUAUGCUUUUAUUUUACAGCGCCUCCCACAGGACACUCCAGGGAGUUUUUAACUUUCUUUAUAUUUUAUGGCUGCGGCCAGUCCGCUGGCGGGUGUUUUAUUGGAAUGGACGCAGAGGCGCCAUUUAUGUUUUAUAGGAAUAGGGGAUGAUGGGGGUUAUUAUUGGUCACAUGGUCACUAGAAAUGUUUACGAUCGGGAUCAAUACGGGAAUUUGCAAUAAUUUAUUCUUUACUGUCGGAGAUUAUAUUUUAUUAUCCUCAGGAUCGGCGCCAUUUUAUUUUAUUAUCGGAGCGGUCGCUGUGGCAAAAUAAACGCCAUAUGAGUCAA